AUCAACAAUCACGUAAACGCAAUUAUUUUUGUUUUACCUAGAUUUAUUUAUUUGAAGAAUUUCGAAAAUUAUACUUUUGUUAACAUUUAUGUAAUGGCAGGUUCUGCUUUGAGACGGUUAAUGGCUGAAUACAAACAGUUGAGUAUAAAUCCUCCUGAAGGAAUAUUGGCAGGGCCAGUAAAUGAGGAAAAUUUCUUUGAAUGGGAAGCUUUAAUUACAGGACCUGAAGGAACUUGCUUUGAAGGUGGUGUAUUUCCAGCUAAGCUAAUUUUUCCUCCAGAUUAUCCUUUAAGUCCUCCAAAGAUGCAAUUCACAUGUGAAAUAUUUCACCCAAAUAUUUACUCUGAUGGUCGAGUUUGCAUUAGUAUUUUGCAUGCACCUGGGGAUGAUCCUAUGGGAUAUGAAAGUAGCGCCGAAAGGUGGAGUCCUGUACAAAGCGUUGAAAAGAUUUUAUUAAGUGUUGUGAGCAUGUUGGCUGAACCAAAUGAUGAAAGUGGUGCCAAUGUUGAUGCAGCAAAAAUGUGGAGAGAGAAUAGAACAGAAUUUGAAAGGAUAGCACAAAAAUUAGUUCGUAAAACACUUGGGAUUUCAAUUUGAAAUUUUUUGGUAUGAAUUGCUGAUAAAAGAUACAUAUAUUUUUCCAAACUAUAAAAUGUGAUGAUUUUAUUAAAAUGCAUAUCUUUGUAGAAACAUUUUGUGUACUUUUGGUUGAUGUUAAAAUCAAAUAAUGUCAGCUUGAAUCGAAAGAUAGAAAUUUAUCAGUUUUAAUGUAUAGCUUCUAAAAACAAUAUUUCCAUUUAAUUUGUUUCAAUAUUUUCAGAAAAAAUAUGAAAUUGUUACAAAUUAUAGUUAUAAAAUUAGUUAAGGAUCUUACUUUUAAUACAAUAGCACCACCUCUACAAUUUGCUAUUGCAGCUUAUGCUAUUCAUAUAGCAUAAUGAUUGAAAAAUAUAAAACUGUUUGUGAAGAAGGGAAAUGUUAGGGUUUAUUAUAUUG